GCCUAGUAGUCAUAAUUUGGUCACCAUCGCCUACUGCUAGACCAUCAGCACCUCCUCCUCCUAGAGGUCCCCCGCCUGCACCUGCACCACCUGUGCUUCCUAACCGAAGUGUACCAUCACUGCCAAAUAGAUCUGCUCCUUCAAUGCCUCAUCGAUCUGCACCGUCACUGCCAAAUCGAUCCGCUCCUUCACUACCUUCAAGAUCUGCUCCUUCUAGAAAUACUCCUACACCUCCCCCCCCACCGCGUCGACCACCACCACCUGCAAGGACAGCUUCCCCCGCUCCUCCUGCUUUCCCGACCCGUUCACCACCACCACCACCAGCUCGUCCUGCCUCUUCACCAGUUCGUCCCGUCUCUUCACCAGCUCGUCCUUCCUCUCCCCCUACUGGUCCAGUACCACGUCCCAUUCCUCCAGCUCCACCUGCAAGGAAAGCCCCUCCUCCUCCCCCAGCCAGACCCUUGUCGACCGCUGGUUCUCCUGCUCGAGCAGUCCCCCCUCCACCUUCUCGUAGGCCACCUGUAUCAGACAGUCCACCUGCUCCUCCAGCUCGUGUCCGACCUUUAUCAGAAGUUGAUUCCCGUCCACAAACUCCACCUGUAAAUCGCCCUCCACCUUCCCGUCCACCUCCCCCUCCAUCUGCUCCUCCAAGACCUCCUGUAUCUGCUCCUCCUAGACCCCGUACCGUUUCAACACCAGUCACUGAGCCUCCCGCUUUAGCUGUCGAACGGCCCUCCAUCAAUGGUAGUGCUAGGACACCUCCAUCUCGCAAAAUACCUUCUCCCCCUCCAACCUCUGGCCCACAUACGUUUCCCGUAACUGAUUUCCCACAGCCACGUCCGUUUGUCUCAGCCACAAGGCGAUAUGCCAGUGGUCGAACCACUGGCAGUGAUUUCGACCUGUCCACCUUAUAGCCUGGCCCUCGCUGUACAUAGUCUUACUCUAAUCGCAUGAUAUAUCAGACUUGGUUGAUACAGUUGCUUGGACUCUAAAUUAUACAGUAGAUUACGUGGCGCUCGAAUUUGUUCCACAACAGAUUAUCCCGCCAGAU